GUCCGCAUGUGGAGGCUUUUUAUAUGUAAACAAAGACUCACUUUGUUUUCAUUCUCAACCAUACCUCUCUACCUUUGUUCAAGGAGAUCAUUGUUUGUAUUUCCAGAGAGAGAAAAAGAGAGAGAGAGAGAGACAGGCACCACACCAAUGGAGGAAGAGACAAAAUCAAGAUUCAAGAGAAUUUGUGUAUUCUGUGGAAGCAGUUCUGGAAAGAAAGCUAGCUACCAAGAAGCUGCUGUUGAGUUGGGGAAAGAACUGGUGGACAGGAGGAUUGAUUUGGUCUAUGGAGGUGGGAGUGUGGGUCUGAUGGGUCUUGUUUCUCAGGCUGUUCAUGAUGGUGGGCGCCACGUUCUAGGAGUUAUUCCAAGGACUCUCAUGCCCAGAGAGAUAACUGGUGAAACUAUUGGUGAAGUAAGAGCAGUAUCUGAUAUGCAUCAAAGGAAAGCCGAGAUGGCCCAUCAAGCUGAUGCCUUCAUUGCCCUUCCUGGUGGCUAUGGCACGCUAGAAGAAUUGCUGGAAGUAAUUACCUGGGCUCAACUUGGAAUCCACCAUAAACCUGUGGGUCUAUUGAAUGUGGAAGGAUACUAUAAUUCCUUGCUCUCUUUCCUUGAUAAGGCCGUUGAUGAAGGCUUUAUCUCACCAACUGCACGUCGCAUUAUCGUGUCUGCUCCGACAGCCAAACAGUUGGUCAAAGAACUUGAGGAAUAUGUGCCGGAGUGUGAUGAAGUUGCAUCCAAUUUGGUGUGGGAGGAGAUGGAGAGAUUAAAUUACGGGCCUGGAUCUGAUGUUCCCACAUAACGUGCAGCAUGAAGUAUACACGUAUUUUUGGGUUUAGAAUACUUGGUAUAUAUUAGGUUUAUACGGUCUCUAACACCGUACAUCUCCAUUUCAUACCAACUUUUUUUGUUUUUUGUUUUUUGGGGGACCGUACCCUCAAAAUACUGGGUUCCAUAUACGCCUCCUGGAGAUGAUUUAACUUUCCUUUUUGGUGGGAUAUCUAUCUGAAGCAUCCAUUUUGUCCAGUUUU